AUGUAUCCUGAAACAACAGAAGUGGUUGGAGCAGAGAUGACUACGGCUGUGGUGGAUUUGACUGCAAGAUCGGCAAUUACAGCUCCUGCAGCCUUUUCCUCUUCAGCUUUGGCCGUCCACACUUGGCACCGGGAACUGUCCUGCCCAAUCACGAAGAAACGCCCAUCCUCGCUGCAGCACUUAGAGAAAAAAUCUAGGAAUCACUUGUUAAUUUUCGGACAACUCUCUUGGACUUCGAGUAUUGUGGGACCUAAUGAGAAACGGCAGCAGAGCACGGCAUCGGAGCAGGGCUACGGCCGGAGUGGGAAUGGUUUCAAGAUCUCAGAGGGACCAGCAGAAGCAGAAGUUGUUGGAGCAGGGAUGACCGCGGCCGACUUGGAAUACUCCUCGGGAUCUGAUAAUGGCAUCGACACACAGAUCCUGAGGGUAUUUCCAAAACGGGCGUGGUCCAUUCAUUUGGCGUCUUUGGCCAUCCUGCUCAACAGGAAGAUGGAUUUCUUAGAUGCGCUGCGUGGCAGACGUUCGGCAUCUUUGCGUUCGGCUGCACCAGCUCAACGCACAGAUGAGUCGGGCCGAAGCACCCCAUCAGUGUUGAACCGCACUUCCCCCUCACCAGCCGACACCCCGGCCCCGAAGAAGUCUAACUGGGAAGUCAUUGAGCACUUCUCUCCCAACCGACUUAAGGAAACCAAGAUUGACAUAGAGGGCUCCCCAGGACCACCCCCAGGGCCCCAACUACCACUAUGCCCGACCGGAAGGCCGGAUGUUGACGGAGAACCACUACUCGGCGAUGACCCAGGACCUGAACAAGAAGGAGAAGACAGCGAUGACGACGAUGACGAUAAUGCUGACGACGAAUGCUGUAUCGAGCUUCUGCCUGACCCCAUACGCGGUUUGUGCAAAGCACAACCAUUUGAAGACGUUCAUGUCGAAAUGCUGUACCAGCGCUAUUUCCUGCGCAUGAACCAAGCUAAUGUGACACACCUAAUCGGACUACUAGUGGUGGUUGAGUUAAUAUCCACCUUUGUGCACGUGAGGAUGCUGGUCCUUACGGAAGGCGCCAUCCAUCAAAUAACCCGGACUCCACCGAAAGCUGUAAACGAACAUAUCACCGGAUUCUGGAAGAAACUGGCCGGUACAAACGGAACUUUUGCCAACACCACCUCCGCGAACUUCAUAAACCCUGUUGUUGCUUACUAUGAAUUGGACUACAUGUGCCAUAUUAUCAACAUCGCUACCCUGGGAACCGCAGCUCUUGCCUACGCAUGCUUGCUGGCUCUGCUGACCCGACCGGCAAUGAACGAGGUUUACCUCCUGUCUAUUUCCUAUGCCGUACUCGGAACUUUCAUGCUGAUUGAGAUCUCGUUUGCCGUGGCAUCUGUUUUGAGGUCGGUGGAACACACUGUGGGCACGUGUGUUUUCUUCACAUACAUGGCAUACACGACUCUACCGCUUCGGCUUCACGAGUCGUCGGUGGGCGGGCUUAUCUUUGCUGCCAUCAACAUCACCGCUCAACUGUUGCUCAGGGACACAUCCAGCUCGCAGAUCUUCUGCUGCCUGGUUUCACUGAUGGCCGCUAACAUUGCCGGGAUCUUGACCCACCACCCACGAGAGCAAGCUCAACGACGGGCUUUCCUCGAGACCCGCGACUGCGUAGAGGCGCGCCUUGUGACCCAGCGUGAGAAUCAACAACAGGAACGCCUUCUGCUCUCGGUACUGCCCCGCCACGUUGCCAUGGAGAUGAAGGCCGACAUUGCUAGCCAGCCACGCCAGGGACAGUUCCACAAGAUCUACAUCCAGCGAUAUGAGAAUGUCAGCAUUCUCUUUGCUGACAUCUGCGGAUUCACCUCCCUGUCAGACCAAUGCACUGCUGAGGAACUCGUACGACUCCUGAACGAACUCUUUGCUCGAUUUGAUAAGCUGGCUGCCGAGCACCACUGCCUCCGCAUCAAGCUGUUGGGUGACUGCUACUACUGCGUGUCGGGACUCCCGGAGGCGCGCGAUGACCAUGCUAAGUGCUGCGUUGAAAUGGGCCUUGACAUGAUUGAUGCGAUUGCCCUGGUUCGUGAGGUGAUGGCUGUCAAUGUGAACAUGCGCGUGGGAAUCCACACUGGCCGCGUACACUGCGUUGUGCUCGGCUUGCGCAAGUGGCAGUUCGACGUGUGGUCCAAUGACGUCACACUCGCCAACCACAUGGAGAGCGGCGGCGUGGCUGGGCGCGUGCACAUCACCAAGGAGACGCUGGACUGCCUCGGUGGAGAGUACAAGGUGGAGCCCGGCAACGGUGGCGAGCGCAAUGCCUACCUGAAGGACCACAACAUUGACACGUACCUCAUUGUUCCCGAUGACACGAGCCGGGUGGACAAGAAGCCACAGAACUCGUUCGCAUUGAAUGGGAACAUUUCGAAGGAGAUGCGCGUCAUGGGCCAUGGUUCGCAGCAAGGCAGAAACACCGCAAAGAGCGGAGGCGAUGCCAGCGCUGAGAAUAAGCAGCCAGAAGAUGAAGUGAACGAGUACCUCAUGAAGGCGAUUGAUGCUCGCUCAAUUGACCGACUCCGUGACGAGCACUGCUUCCCAUUCACGCUGAAGUUCCGUAACAAGAAGAUUGAAGCCAAGUACACGUCGGAGAGAGACAAGAUGCUGGCGCUGUACUACACUUGCUCCAUGUUCUUGUACGCUGGCGUGACGAUUCUUCAGCUCAUGGUCUUCGAUCUCACGGUGGGUACGGCAAUCCCUAUGGUCCUUUCCGGGGUAUUCACGAGCUGCCUCACCUACUUGGUCCACAGCAUUGGUUACCGGCGGGCGAAUAAGCGCAUAAGGCGACUGUCAGCUAUUUUGCACAACAAUCGGUCGAUGGCUCAAGUGGCCUCAGUCAUGAUGAUUGCUUCCGUGGUGCUUCAGAUCCAGAUUGUCAUGGGCAUUCACUUGUACUACGAAGAGAACCCUCUCACGGCACACGUCUUCAAGUGUCCUGAGAACGUCAACGAGCGCUACCUACAACUGACGCUGAUGGCAAUGAUGCUAUGCGCGGUUCACCAGGUUCUGGUUACGGUUGUAAAGUUCUUUGUCCUGCUGACGAUUGCUUUGAUCUACAUCAUUGUCACGCUCCAGAAGAACUACUACCACCAUGAAUACUACGCCAGCACUCAACAACUAUGCCAUGUACAGUGGAACCAGGAAUGGUCGAGCAUCAUGGUAUGCUUGAGUACGUUUGUUGCGCUAGUCCUUCACUCCCGCCAGACUGAAAGCACCUACCGCCUCGACUUCAUUUGGAAACUUCAAGCCACCGAUGAGAAGGAGGAGAUGGAACACUUGGAAGCGUACAACAAGAAACUGCUGUCCAACAUUCUCCCAGAGCACGUUGCCGAGCACUUCUUGCGCUGUGACAGGAACAACCUUGAUGAGCUGUACCACGAACAGUGCGAGUCUGUGUGCGUAUUGUUCGCUUCCAUCCCCAACUUCUCCGAGUUCUACGUUGAGCUGGAGGGGAACAACGAAGGCGUGGAGUGCCUACGACUGCUGAACGAGAUCAUUGCUGACUUCGACGAGAUCCUGGCGGAAGAGCAAUUCAGAUACAUUGAGAAGAUCAAGAGCACGGGGUCUACUUACAUGGCCGCAUCGGGUCUAACAGCGGCCACUAGAGACCUGGAAGGCUUCCGUCAUGUGACCGCCAUGGCUGACUACGCUCUACGCCUGCGUGACCAGCUGAAAUAUGUAAACCAGCACUCCUUCAAUACUUUCAAUAUCAGGAUAGGCAUCAACAUCGGGCCUGUCGUUGCAGGUGUCAUUGGGGCACGAAAGCCUCAAUAUGACAUUUGGGGGAAUGCCGUCAACGUUGCUUCGCGAAUGGACUCCACCGGGAUAAUCAACGAAAUCCAGGUCACUAAGGAAGUGUAUGACAUUUUGGCUACGCGUGGCUACAAGCUCACCUGCCGCGGGAACGUCAAUGUGAAGGGGAAGGGCAAUAUGGUAACUUACCUCUUGGAGGGCAUCGGCGUGACUAUCAUCGAAGAGGAAACAGAGGACAUAUAUGCGAACCCAAUACCCUCAACAUCUGGCGUUUCGUCACACAACGGCGCUGGGCCCUCAACAUCUGGCGUUUCGUCACACAACGGCGCUGGGCCCAGCAGCAGGGAGCACCAUGAAGAGCGAAGGCAGGACCACCGUCCUCUUGAGACUCUGUCAGAGAUACACACCGAUGACGAUGGCGGAGCGUCACCGCAAACUUCGGCGGCAAUGGGGAGCCCAGACGGCUCUGUCAUCAUAAACAUAACCGACGAGAGUUCGACCUCGUUGGACAGCGCAAGCACUGUCCAAGACAGCAUGUUUCACGAGCAAAUGUUCCUCCGCCCGGCCUCCCUGACUGAGUCACCGGUGCCUGUCGACGACUCGAUCUUCCGCUCCAAGGCAUAUUCAACUGACUAUAUCAGUUACAGCAACGAAAUCGUAAAGAGAAAGAAGUCCUUUGCGGAUGUGUCACCCGUUCAGAUGUCGAAGAGCAGUAAUGACGUAGAGGCAUUACUUGAAGAUGGAGGCCCGCGACUCCAGGACUUCCUCUUCAGGAAACAACGAGCCCGAUUGAACACGUCUCCUGUAAGUGUUCACGGACGUUCAUUCAAUGGCACACCGUAAAUUUCAUGUCUACUUAUUAUUAAGAACUCGUUUAAUAACGUAUUUUAGAUUAAGAUUUGAAUCUUAGCUGUUGAGUAUUCAACAUAUUAUUGUAGUUUAAAUAUUAUAUAAUGUAAUAAUGUAAAACAUUUUAAUGACGUAAGUACUAACAAAAAAUAAUAAUGGCAGUGUCUCUUGAGAUAAGAUUUGACAAGAGACUCAUCUCGGAUAUGACCUCUCGGAAUUGACUAUUACCGGAUUGACAUACUGAUAAGAUUCACCCUCCUGAAGUGACUAACUCUAAGCCACGCGCGCAUUGAAUUAUUGUCGCGUGGUAUAUUUAGGCAUCCGGAUAAUACGUACUAUAGAAUUUCAUAACUGUUAACAAUAAAGACUGAUUGUGACUAUAUUGCUGACAGUGAAUUACAACGCGAUAUGUGGUUCCCACUUGUAUCUGCGUGAAAAACCUACGAAUUUAUUGAUAUUGAAUGUAAACGCGGAUUGUGUUAUUCGUGGUUGUGAUUAUAUUUCGACGCGGGGACAUGGUUAUACAGAUAGAUGUCGCGUUUUACGUCAAUUGAUGUAUUACCACUUGUUGUUUAAAAUUUACACCACGUUGGUAUUUAAUCGAUUCAAAGCUCAUAUAAUAGUAGAAUGUUUCAUAUAUUAACGCUUUGCUACGUAUCUCUUUUAAGCAAUGUUCUUAUAUCGGCAUUUAGAGUGGUUUCAGAUUAUCGUUUUUCUCCUGCGCGUUUUAUUUCGCGCUUCAUAAAACCUUACUCGUUAACUAAGGCCUAUGCUAGCGUGUUCGCUCGAACCGAUAGAACUUAGUCAGUAUCAACACGGUUUCACGAGAUUUUACUCGUAAGUUCGUCAAUGAUCGUUCGAGUUGCGCAUUUCGCAAUAAACGCGCCUAUAUCACACACUUACACGCACUUCCGAAAGCAAGUGUAUACGCGCUAUAGUAAAGCAUUGGCCUUAAACCACUUUAACGUCUUAACGCGACUUAGUCGUGUCGGUCAUCAUCUAAUCUGAAACCGGAAACUAGUACUUAAUAUUUUUGGCGAUAAGUAGAGGUUUGAAAAUUUAAAACAUUUUUGCAGCCUGCAUAGACAAAACAACACAAAAGACGUAACUAUUUAAAUAUUAAUAGUAUCUAGGUCAUAUUUACGAAAAUAAAAGCACCAUAUUAAUAUGCCGAUAUAAAAAUGUAACGAGUAUUACGAAGUCGUUGUCGCUGCUUUUUAUUAAUUUUAUCAUAAAAGCUUCAUUAAAAUUGAUUCAGUCGUUUCAGAGAUUAGUCGGAAGAAACAGACAGACAAAAUUUUUAAAUUUACUUUUCAAAAUAUUUACCGUAUAAUAUAAUUAUGUAUGCAUUU